GAGCGGCUGGCAGCGGCUCGCCGCGACUUGCAGCAGCGGCGGCGGCGCUGAGACACCGCAGCCUCGCCAAGUCCAGAGUCCCGGCGGGGGCAGCAGCAGGGAGGGCCCAGCCGCCCAUCCGCCGCACCCCGUCCCCGCCAACCGCCUCGCCGCGCCCGGGGGGACAGCCAGCCAUGGCCGCGCCGCCGGAGCCACAAGACGAGCUGCUGCCGCUGACCGGCCCCGGGUCCCAAUGGUUUGGGGACCGGCGGGAGGGGGAGGACGAAGCGGUGGCGCUGAAAGUGGCCGAGCCGGCUCCGGGGCCGGGGGAGCCGGGCCGAGGGGUGGGCGCCGGGGCCGGGGCCGGGGAAGCGGCGCCGCGGGAACCGGGCUCGGGCCGCGCCCGGCCGCCGCCCGUUGCCGUGGAAACUGCGUCCACAGGUGUGGCAGAUGUUCUGGGUGCCAUGGAUCAGACCUUUUCAACAACAUCAAAAGACAGGGAUGGAGCUUGUUACACGUCUCUGAUUUCUGACAUCUGUUACCCACCUCAGCAGGAUUCUACAUAUUUCACGGGAAUUCUUCAGAAGGAAAAUGGUCACGUUACCAGUUCAGAGAGCCCUGAGCAGUUGAGUACCCCCGGACACUCCUUGCCAAGUGUGCCUAUGACGGAACCUCGUGGCUUAUUUAGUUCUGAUUCUGGAAUAGAGGUGACUCCUGCAGAGUCCACUGAAGUGAACAAGAUCUUAGCAGACCCCCUGGACCAGAUGAAAGCAGAAGCCUAUAAAUACAUUGACUUAACCAGGCCAGAGGAGGUGAAACGUCAGGAGCAAUGCCACCCCAAGUUGGAAGAUAAAGACCUGGACUUGAACAACAAAGACACUGAAAUCUCAGCAAAAUCUGAAGGCGUCUGCGGACCUGCAGAACCAGCUCCUGUAGAGGGAAAGAUCAUGAAGGACCAUUUAUUUGAAGAGUCAACAUUUGCGCCUUAUAUAGACGAUCUCUCUGAAGAGCGGUAUGGUGCCCCAGUGAUCACAGCCCCUGUCAAGAUCACAUUGACUGAGAUUGAACCAUCUGCUGAAACUGUUACCCAGGAGAAGACCCCUGAGAAGCAAGAUAUCUGUCUGAAGCCAAGUCCUGACACAGUCCCCACUGUCACCGUCUCAGAGCCUGAAGACGACAGCCCAGGAUCUGUCACUCCUCCAUCUUCUGGAACAGAACCAUCUGCUGCAGAAUCCCAGGGGAAAUGCAGCAUCUCUGAGGAUGAGCUGAUCACUGCCAUCAAAGAAGCAAAGGGCUUGUCCUAUGAAACCACGGAGAGCGCAAGGCCGGCAGGCCAGGUGACCGACAGGCCAGAGGUCAAGGCCAGGUCCGGGCUUCCAACCAUCCCCAGCCCCCUGGACCACGAGGCGAGCAGCGCCGAGUCGGGGGACUCCGAGAUCGAGCUGGUGUCCGAGGACCCGCUGGCCGCCGAGGACGCGCUGUCCUCGGGCUACGUGACCUUCGGCCAUGUGAGCGGCCCGCCGCCCUCGCCGGCCUCGCCGUCCAUCCAGUACAGCAUCCUGCGGGAGGAGCGCGAGGCCGAGCUGGACAGCGAGCUCAUCAUCGAGUCGUGCGACGCUUCCUCGGCCUCGGAGGAGAGCCCCAAGCGGGAGCAGGACUCGCCCCCGAUGAAGCCGGGAAACCUGGACGCCAUCCUGGAGGAGGCGAGCGCCCGGGCGGAGGAGCGCCCGCCCAGCCGGCGGGGCCCGGCCGAGCCCGCCCCCUUCCUGAAGUCCUCCCCGGCUGUCCCCAGCAGCGGCCCCGAGCUGCCUUCUGCAGACCGAGUCGCGGCGCCCGAGGGGCCCACGUCGCAGCAGAAACCUGCGGAAGCAGCGAGUUACGACCAAAGUUCCCUGGCUGCGAAGGGCCCUGGGCAGCGAGGUCCCGGCGCGGCACCCCCUCUGCUAUUCCUAAAUAAGCAAAAAGCUAUCGACCUGCUGUACUGGCGGGACAUCAAGCAGACGGGGAUAGUGUUUGGGAGCUUCCUGCUGCUGCUCUUCUCCCUCACCCAGUUCAGCGUGGUGAGCGUCGUGGCCUACCUGGCCCUUGCCGCGCUCUCGGCCACCAUCAGUUUCCGCAUCUACAAGUCCGUUUUACAAGCUGUGCAGAAGACCGACGAGGGCCAUCCUUUCAAGGCCUACUUGGAGCUCGAGAUCACCCUUUCCCAGGAGCAGAUUCAGAAGUACACAGACUGCCUGCAGUUCUACGUGAACAACACGCUUAAAGAACUGAGGAGGCUCUUCCUCGUCCAGGACCUGGUGGAUUCCUUAAAAUUUGCAGUCCUGAUGUGGCUCCUGACUUAUGUUGGCGCUCUCUUCAAUGGCUUGACCCUGCUGCUCAUGGCUGUGGUUUCAAUGUUUACUCUACCUGUAGUGUAUGUUAAGCACCAGGCACAGAUUGACCAAUAUCUGGGACUUGUAAGGACUCACAUAAAUGCUGUUGUGGCAAAGAUUCAGGCUAAAAUCCCAGGUGCUAAAAGGCACGCCGAGUAAAUCGACAUCCCACCAGGGACUGGGCACAAACAGGAAUGUCUGGAGUGGUAACGGCUCUGUUCUUACAUGUUACUGCAAAUUGAUUGUUUUUCCCCCGGUACCAUAAUCUUAGACACAAAUUUUAAAACAGCUGUUUUUAGGCUGUUUCUGUACUCUUAGGAUAUUUGAGUUACUUGUGUCAAACACUAAAGUAUAGAUAAAAGUGUAUUAGGUGUGGUUUUUAUUUCGUGUUGCUAAAAAAAAAAAAAAGUGCAUGAUGGUGAGAGCUCAAGUUAUCUUUCCUUCAUCGGUGUUCUUCUCCUCCCUGCGAUGCUUCUGUAGCUUCUAACGUUCCCUGUGGCUGGGCCUUUCCUGCCGAGUGCACUGAUGCAAUAGUGGAAACUGCUUAUAUGUCCCCGGGUUGCUGGUGGGAUUAAUCUUUAAUAACCACGUAUAGAAUUGUAGACUGAUGUUUUAGUGUUUUUCAAACACACACAACAUGAAAAUAAAAAGUCGACUGUACUUAUGGUAACAAUCAGUUUUGUAUAACUUAAAUAAUUAAAUAAAUGAAUAAACCUGAAACAAAUAUGCAGUACUUUUGUCGUCUGGGAUUGAUGGGCUGGUUUACAUGUAUGGUAACCAAAAAGUACCAGCAUGUUAACUUUAUUACAAAUUUGUAUUUACUUUCUCUGUAGUUCCUAAUGGACUUAAUUAUGGACUCUGGAUAUUUGCACUUAUGUACUUGAUACUGAAUGCAUAAAUAAAUGUUACUAAAUG